GUGUGGUCCUUGAUUGUUGGGAAAAUCUUACCAAAAGGUAAAACCAAACUCAUUAGCGCCUGCAUUUUAAGAAAAAAAGUGGCUUACUAAAUACACAUCAAGCACCCGAAAAAAUGAGCGCACCCGUUAUGAAGCAGAUGAUUAACCCCGCUAAUGUGGUGUAUCAGUACAUGAAAGAUAAGCAGCGUGUUUGUGUGUGGCUUGUGCACAACGCACAAACCAAGAUUGAAGGUAAUUUGCUCGGAUAUGACGAGUUUAUGAAUGUUGUUCUUGGGAAUGCUGUGGAGAUCAAUACCAGGCGGAAUGAAUCUACCGAACUAGGGAAAAUUUUGCUUCGAAGCGAUAACGUUGGCGUCAUCUUUCCCAUCGGUGUUUAAUAAAGCAGGAAGCGGUGAGGGGGAAGGAAGUAUACUGAAGCUUUUCUUUGUUUCCUCAAAGAAAACUACUCGAUAGAUGUGGACAGAACAGUAUGCGACGGGAUACGAUGAUGGAGUCGAUUAAUGCUAUUCUCUCUUAUUAUUAUUUACAGCGUGAGGGUAUCUUUUAAGGGUUGGGGAAAAAAAAUAAACCAUUAAAA